AUGGAAAGGAUAAAUAUAUUUUUAACUUAUGUUCUUUUGUUAUUUUUAUUCUUAGAAGGUUUUAUUGCUUUAAAAUGUUAUGAAGGUACAAAUUGUGAUAAGGAUUGUAAGGAGUGUGAAGGAUUUGCAUGCCUUAAAGUGAUCAGGCAUGAUUUUACAUCAAAACAAAAUUUUUUUUCAAAUCCACGUUAUCAGUAUGAAAAUUCUUUUGAAUCUAUUGAUCUUGAUACAGUACCAAAACGAAUAGCAUAUACAUGUGUGCCUUAUGAUGCAAAUACGUAUGAUGAUUUAUAUGAAAUACCAAGUUGUAAAUCAAAUCAUUUUGGACAUGAAUCCUGUAUUUGUAAUGAUAAAAAUUUUUGCAACUCCUCAUCAUUAUUAGUAGAUAAAAUUACAAAAAAUUUUGUUAUCAUUAUAAAUAUAUUACUAGUAUUUUUAUACCAUUACGGUUUUUAG